AUGGAGGUGUUCAUGGUGAUGGCGGUAUUGGUUUUGGUACUGGUUAAUGCAGAACCAGAAUGUCCGAUGAAUCUCGACUACGUUACUCGAAUGCCAUGGAACCCAUCAAGCUGUCACUCAAUUCAAAACUCAGAAGACCUGAAAAUGUGUACUAAUACAUUGAGAAGUGUGUUGGGUGUAGGCCUUGCUCAGUUCCUCCGAGACGAAUCCAUCUUUUUACUCCCCGACAAUGGCUCUGCCAUUGCAUGCCUCAAUGGAUUUCAGCAACAGAUCAGCUCCAUGGGUCUUCAAUCAAAUUUGGUCUCACUCUGUUUCAGUGAUAUAUCAGAAUUUGUAUCAAGCCCUCAUCUUUGCGGUGGCAUACAAACCAAAAAAGACUGGAUGGAGAAGCUGGGACCAACUCCAUUGGAUUCAGCUUGCAGAGGAGAUCUCUCUGUGUCCACUUCUUGCCAUGUAUUUCAUAACAGCAGAAAAGCUGUAUUGAAAAGAUUAUUAGGGAGAAUUAGAAACGUUGGAGCUGAAACAAAUCUGCAAUGUAACUCUCUCGCAAAUCUCUAUGCUAUUGGCGUAGCCAAUGAAUUUGAACCCAAGAGCAGAAAAGACGUCACUUGUAUUCUCGGCCUUCCAUUUUUACCCAAGAAGCCCAGAGCUCGUUUUGAGACGGUUUUAUAUAGUUGUUUGGGCGCCACCAUAGCUAUGAUCUUGCUCUGCAGCAUAGGAAUCAGUUACUGGAGGUGGGCAAGGACGAAGUUGGGGGACAAGCACAGGCGUUUUGUGAGAAUUAACAGAAGCAUUUUGAGUAACGCAGUGAAACCCAACAUGGGUACAUUGUGGUUCAAUGUACGGCAAAUCAAGGAGGCAACGAACAAUUUCAGUUGUGCCAAUUUAAUUGGGCAGGGGAGUUUUGGAAUGGUGUACAAGGGAAAACUUCCAGACGGUCAGAUGAUUGCUGUGAAGAGAAUGAAGAAGUGUUCUGUUGAUGAAGACUCAGAUUUCUUGAACGAGGUGGAGAUCAUCAGUAGAUUUCAACACCCGAAUUUGGUGGCUCUGCGAGGAUUCGGUGUUGCGAGUGAUGACAAAGAUGGGUGCCAGCGAUUUCUUGUUUACGAUUACCUGGCUAAUGGCAGCCUCGAUCAACACAUUUUUGGAAAUGGGAGAGCAUUGACAUGGGAGCAGAGGAAGAACAUAAUAAUUGGUGCCGCUAAGGGGUUGUGUUAUCUGCAUUCGGGCAUUCGACCUCCGAUUUAUCACAGAGAUAUCAAGGCCAAGAACAUUUUGCUGGAUGAUGACAUCAAUGCCUGCGUUGCGGAUUUUGGGCUGGCGAGGAUGACAACUGAAGGGGAACCGUACCUCGUGUCAAAAAUAGCUGGUACACAUGGGUAUUUGGCGCCCGAGUAUGCUCUCUAUGGAAUUUUUACAGAUCGUAGUGAUGUUUAUAGCUUUGGAGUUCUGUUGUUGGAAAUCAUGAGCGGCAGAAAGGCUCUGGAUACUUCUGUGGCGUGUUCGUCUGAAUACCUUAUUACUGAUUGGGCAUGGAAGCUUCUGAAAACGAAUAAUGUAGUUGAAGUUGUAGAUUGCAGAAUGCUUGAGAGUGGAGAAGUGAGUACAAUGGAGAGAUUUGUUUUAGUGGGCAUUUUGUGUUCACACGUUACGGUGGCAUUCAGACCAAGUAUGGCAGAAGCAUUGAAGAUGUUGGAGGGAGAGGCUAUCAUUCCUGCAAUUCCAGACAAGCCUUUCCCACUCAAUCACAUUCAUCCUUUUAUACAAGAUAGAUCAUCAAAUAUUGAACCAAGUCAUCCUGAACCAAAAUAA